AUGGUUAAAAGAGGAAGAUGUUCUCCACCCACUCCUCCACCCAAUCUAUUUGAUUUUUUCUUCUUCUUUCGUUCACUGUCAGUGUCUGUUCUCUCUUCGCCCAUUUCCAGAGAUCAGAAAGAGGAACCUACCAACGCCACUCCAAAGCUCCUCUUUCUCUCUCUCAAUCUCUCCACUCGCCAAUUUCACUAUUCGCUCACUUCUCCUUAUUCACUUCCGACAUUGUUCCUUCAUUCCUUUCAAAUCGGAGUCGCUGUUCAUCGCUCCUUUCUUCCCGCCAUUGAAUGUUUUGUUUUCAGUGGUCGCUUUUUCAUGGAGCUGAUGGUUUGGUGCACCUCAUGCGCGCUGUCCAGAUUUCAUUGCAAGCGUAGAUUUGCAGUGGUUGUUUUCGAGGUAAAACUCUGUUAG